AUGGAGGUGAUGGUAGAAAUCGAGAAAGAGAGAAAGAAAGAAAGAGAGAGAGCGAAUGUUGUGUCUUCCGGAGCGGCCAUGGCACGAGCAGACCUGAAGAGGCUUGUUGGAAAGUUCGCUGAAAGUUCCGUCGAAACUCGCUUGGAAGUGAUUCGUGAAAUGUUGAGCUUACUUCCAUUGCGAGUGGAAGUGUUAAGUGAAGAGAUUCGAAGUUCGGUUCCACUAGAAGACGACGGCGGAUUCCUCUUGACCAGCUGUCGAUUGGCUUUACUGGAACAUUCCGAGGCAAUCUCCUUCGAUUCCGUAAAGCCAAUCGACAGCUGGUCAAGAGGAAUCGGCCAUCGUCUUCUGGUGGAACCGACCUCCGAAUCUCUUCAACAAACACUUUCACUCGAAAUGGAACUCACCUACUCGAAAUGGAAGUAA